AUGCGUAAAACAAGCGUCAAGUUGCUGCACGCGAAACGACAUGAAAUUAAGCAGCGGAUGCUGCAACAUAAUGUUCUACAACGAAAUAGGUUGCGGCAGGCCGAGCUGGGCGAGUGUCGUGCAGGGUCUACCGAGAACAGCGUUUCAGCGAGGGAGGCCGCCUAUGCAGCUGUUGGCAAAGAGUUUCAGUGUGACGUGGGCGACCCUGCCGUGAUGGAUGUUCUGCUUGACAUUGAAGAGGAGAUAAGGAACGAGCAGCUGAUGUCGUUGUUUGACGAGGGCCAAGACGAAGACUGGGAAGCGUACUAUCGUUACCUUGCUCAACAGUGA